AUGUCAACCUCAGGAACCAUCGAUGCAACUCUGGACAUCCACGGCUCGUUUUUGUUUCAGUUUAAUCCCCCUAGCCGUUCUGGCUUCCAAGAGGAUAUCGAUAAGGUCAAGUGGAGCAUCGGCGGGAUUUUGUUCGAAGGUGGGCUUCCACGGAAAAUCCAGGAUACAGAUAAAUUUCCGCAAACUCCCACGGGUUGGUUGUUUCGAUAUGCGAGAGCAAGUCCCUCGAAUAGACAAAACUACCAAAACUAUAUUGUCCCACCAGCGACUAUUCGAUGUGCCGAAGAAUCGGCGGCAGCCGCUACUUUGUCUCAUCAGUUAUGGCCAGGAGCCAGCUUGGAGGUAAGGCCUGUGAAGGUUGAUGGCGAAAUCGGCCGACAAGAAUUAAUGGCAGACAAACAGGAGGGCAUGUGA